AUGGCUGUGGUGUCAAGUUGCUAUCCUAAGAGGGGCGCGCACCUCGUGUCCUACCUGGCACACGUCAGGAGGGCACGGGAGCAGGCAGGAGAUGAAGCUGCUUUGGCGUAUGAUGAAGACUUUCGGAGGAAUGCCUCGCUGCUGUCUUCAACGCGCUGGGACCAAAAGGACAACAAUUGCUGGUUCGAACAUGUGGGGCCCAAUAUCGAGAAGAAAACCGCUCAUCAGCCAAAAGCUG